AUGUCCACACCCGAACCACUCCGAGUAGUGGUGGCGGACGAGAAAGCCCGAGCAGCCCUAAGCUCAUCGUCAUCCAACGAAACCAAAGAGGAGCCCAAGAAAAAAUGGUAUCGAAAACUCAACCCCAUGCGCCUACAGAAGAUCCCUCCAAUCCCAACGGAGCGAUCAAUCUCCCACGAACACGGCGCUUCAUUCCUCAGCAUAAUCUCCUUCCAAUGGAUGUCCCCACUGAUGAAAGUCGGAUACCUGCGCCCACUGGAACUGCAGGAUAUUUGGACUGUUAACCCUGACCGGGCCGUUGAUGUAUUAUCAGCGCGGCUUGAUGCAGCAUUAGACAAGCGGAACGAGAGUGGGACUAACCGCCCGCUCGUCUGGGCGUUGUAUGACACGUUCAGGUUCGAGUUCUUGCUUGGUGGCGUGUGUCAAUUUUUCAGUUGUUUGCUGCUCGUGUUUGCGCCGUACUUGACGCGGUACCUCAUUGCUUUUGCUACCAAGGCUUAUGUUGCUCAGCAUACUGGUCAGCCGGCUCCGUAUAUUGGUGGUGGUAUGGGCUUCGUUGUGGGGAUCACUUGCAUGCAGGCGCUGCAGAGUCUGUGCACGAAUCAGUUCUUGUAUCGGGGUCAAAUUGUCGGUGGGCAGAUUCGCGCGGUGCUUAUUUCGCAUAUCUUUAACAAGGCCAUGAAGCUUUCUGGUCGGGCUAAGGCGGGAGGGAAAGCUACUCCUGAGGAAGUUAAAGCGCUUGAAGCUACGAAGGAGGCUCUUCUCAACCCCGAGAAGAAAGGCAAGAAGGACGAUAACCAGAAGCCCGAUACUGCUGCUGCUCCUGGUGGAGUGGCUGGCGAUGGCACGGGAUGGAACAAUGGCCGCAUCACUGCUCUCAUGAGUAUCGACGUUGACCGAAUCAACUUGGCAUGCGGCAUGUUCCAUAUGGUUUGGAGUGCGCCUAUCACCGUCAUUGUCACUCUUAUUCUUCUCUUGGUCAACAUUGGCUACAGCUGCUUGUCAGGGUAUGCUCUGCUAUUGAUCGGAAUGCCUGCCCUCACCUUCGCCAUCCAAUCCUUGGUCAAGCGUCGACGAAAUAUCAACAAAAUCACCGACCAGCGAGUAUCUCUCACCCAGGAAAUCCUACAAGCCGUCCGCUUUGUCAAGUACUUUGGCUGGGAAAGUAGUUUCCUAGGCCGACUCAAAGAAAUGCGUGGACGAGAGAUUCGAUCCAUCCAGACAUUGCUGGCUAUUAGAAAUCUGAUCCUUUGCGUGUCCAUGUCUAUUCCCACGUUCGCCUCGAUGCUGGCCUUUAUCACCUACGCCCUCUCGAAGCACAACUUGGAUCCCGCGCCGAUUUUCUCUUCACUGGCUUUGUUCAACUCCCUGCGUUUGCCUCUGAAUAUGCUGCCGAUGAUUAUUGGCCAAGUUACCGAUGCUUGGACUGCUCUCAGCCGUAUUCAGGAGUUCCUCCAUGCGGAGGAGCAAAAUGAUGAUAUUGAAAUGGACGACAAGAUGGAGAAUGCCAUUGAGAUUGAACAUGCUUCAUUCACCUGGGAACGGCUUCCAACAGAUGAGAAAGAUGCCGAGAAGGCUGAAAAGGCCCAAAAGGCAGGGAGGAAGUCACCCUCCCCCAAAAUCCCCCAGGGGGAAUUUACUGUGGAGAAACCCUCGGAGCCAUUCAAGCUGAAGGACGUGACAAUUGAAGUUGGUCGAAAUGAACUGUUGGCUGUGAUUGGAACCGUCGGCUGCGGCAAGAGUUCCCUGCUCUCAGCCCUGGCAGGCGACAUGCGUGUGACCGACGGAACUGUACGACUGAGCACCACACGCGCAUUCUGCCCCCAGUAUGCUUGGAUCCAGAAUACCUCUGUGCGCAACAACAUUUUAUUCGGAAAAGAAUAUGACGAGACUUGGUAUGAGCAAGUUAUUGAUGCAUGUGCAUUGACCCCGGAUCUGGAGAUUCUUCCAAAUGGAGAUCAGACUGAAAUUGGAGAACGGGGCAUCACCGUGUCUGGAGGACAGAAGCAGCGUUUGAACAUUGCCCGAGCAAUCUAUUUCAAUGCCGAACUCGUGCUCAUGGACGACCCAUUGUCGGCGGUGGAUGCCCAUGUCGGGCGUCACAUCAUGGACAAGGCAAUCUGUGGUUUACUCAAGGAUCGCUGCCGAAUUUUGGCAACUCAUCAACUCCACGUUCUCAACCGAUGUGAUCGGAUUGUUGUUAUGGACGAGGGGCGUAUUGAUGCCGUCGACACCUUUGAUAACCUGAUGCGCGACAGUGCGCUCUUCAAGCGGUUGAUGUCUACUUCUAGACAAGAAGACACAAAAGAGGACGAGACCGAAGCAGUUGACGAAGCCGUCAAAGAAGCAGAAGAAAAGCAACCAGGCCCCAAAAAGGCUGCACCUGGAAAGCCUACCGGUGCCUUAAUGCAGACCGAAGAAAAAGCCACAGCCUCUGUAGGCUGGGGUGUUUGGAAAGCCUACAUCCGCGCAUCGGGCAGUUACUUCAAUGCGGUCAUGUUGUUGAUUCUAAUCGCGGCUGUCAACGUCGCCAACAUUUGGACCAGUCUAUGGCUUUCAUAUUGGACUUCUGACAAAUACCCUAGUUUCUCGACUGGCCAAUACAUCGGCGUCUAUGCUGGCCUAGGUGCGGGUGUCGCUAUUCUAAUGUUUGCCUUCUCCACAUACAUGACUACUUGCGGCACAAACGCCAGUAGGACGAUGCUUCAGCGUGCUAUGACUCGGGUUCUCCGUGCACCUAUGAGUUUCUUCGAUACUACGCCGCUUGGACGAAUCACCAAUCGCUUCUCGAAAGACGUCACAGUGAUGGAUAAUGAACUUUGUGAUGCAAUGCGAAUCUAUUCAUUGACGAUGACCAUGAUUAUUUCGGUUAUGGUUUUGAUUAUCGUCUUCUUCUAUUACUUUGUCAUCGCCCUCGUCCCACUGACUAUUCUCUUCAUCCUGGCCUCCAACUACUACCGAGCCUCCGCACGAGAAAUGAAGCGCCACGAAGCAGUCCUGCGAUCAACGGUUUAUGCCAAGUUCGGUGAGGCUAUCACUGGCACAGCAUGCAUCCGCGCAUACGGAGUCGAGGAUCAAUUCCGACGCAGCAUCUGUGACUCGAUCGAUGUGAUGAACGGUGCCUACUUCUUGACUUUCUCCAACCAGCGCUGGCUCAGCGUUCGACUUGAUGCGGUAUCCACCGCACUGGUCUUCGUCACUGGUGUAUUGGUCGUCACGUCUCGGUUCAACGUCUCACCCAGUAUCUCCGGCCUGGUGCUGUCCUACAUCCUUUCCAUUGCGCAGAUGCUACAGUUCACGGUUCGUCAGCUUGCCGAAGUUGAGAACAACAUGAAUGCCACAGAGCGACUUCAUUAUUACGGUACCGAGCUGGAAGAGGAAGCACCAUUGCAUCUGACCGAGGUGGCCGCUAGCUGGCCCGAGAAAGGUCGCAUCACGUUCACCGACACGGAGAUGCGGUACCGAGCUGAACUACCACUCGUCCUGAAAGGGUUGAGCAUGGAUGUCCAGGGCGGCGAGCGCAUCGGCAUCGUCGGCCGCACCGGCGCCGGAAAGUCAAGCAUCAUGUCGGCAUUAUUCCGUCUCACCGAAUUAUCAGGAGGUAGCAUUCAAAUCGAUGGAAUUGAUAUUUCGACAGUCGGUCUCACCGACCUUCGAUCCCGUCUUGCUAUCAUCCCACAAGACCCAGCCCUCUUCAAGGGAACGAUCCGAUCAAAUCUGGACCCAUUCAACGAACACAAUGAUAUGGAACUAUGGAACUCACUGCGCAAGGCAUACCUCAUCGGCCAAGAUCAAGAACUCGAAGUCGAAGGCGAAGGAAACGGCCCAUCUCCUGGAACCCCAGCAACAAACAGCGACGCCGGCACGCGCCCGUCAAAUCGCCUCACACUCGAAUCCCCAGUCGACGAAGAAGGUCUCAAUUUCUCCCUCGGUCAGCGGCAACUUAUGGCCCUUGCGCGUGCGCUGGUUCGCGAUGCGCGUAUUAUCGUCUGCGAUGAAGCUACCUCGUCUGUCGAUUUCGAGACUGAUCAGAAGAUCCAACGCACAAUGGCGCAGGGCUUCGAGGGCCGCACUUUGUUGUGUAUUGCUCAUCGUUUGCGCACGAUCAUUCAUUACGAUCGAAUCUGCGUCAUGGACCAGGGCCAGAUUGCCGAGAUGGAUGCGCCGGUUGUGUUGUGGGAUAAGGAAGACGGUAUCUUCCGGGCGAUGUGUGACCGCAGUGGUAUCACACGCGAAGACAUCCUCAACGCCGAUUGA